AUUCAGGUGCUAUUGCAUUCCACUAUAUUUAUUGUGCAUUUAUGAGGAACAUGGAUGAUAAUAUGGUAAUUUUAUGGGAUUUUAUCUAUGUAGUUCAAGAAUGAGAAUAUGAAGAAUAGCCAGAAAGAAGAAUCCAUCGAUAAAAAAAAAUAUGUUUUCUUCUCGGAUCCAGAUGUUAUUGCCAAACGCGCUGAGACCUCUGCUGUUACAGCACAGAUUACCCGAGAACUCGAGGCGCAACAGAAGACUUUCGAAAAGCAAUCAGCUGAUUUGCAAGUGCCCGCAAUUGGCAUAAAGAGCUUAAAAAAUUUGAUAUCUUAUUAUCCUGUACAGCCAUAUCCUUUUACAUUUAUUAGCGCAGUAAAACAAAAACUCGCUUUAGAAGAUCAUUUUGAUAUCGGCGGUGAUAUCAAAGUACGUGAGUCAAGUUCUCAAGCAAAAAACAGUUUGACUUCUUCGAUACUGAAAGCAACUAGUACACAAAAUUUGACUGCACAAAAUCAAAUUGUACAAAAAAUGGACUUCAUUAAACCGCUGAAAGUACCCGAUCUAAAAAUUUCUCCAAAAGCGCUGGAUUUCUCCAGCAGAGAGAAUUCAGUUUCAAAGGAGCUGCCUUCCGCAAAGUCUGAAAUAGCUACAAAGGAAUUUGCACACGAUAGAUCUGACAAAGGCCUAAGAACUGGUGAAAGAGUACAGAGAAAAUUAGACUUCUCUUCAGAUGGAUCGUCAUUUAUUAAUUGCGAAAGCAUAGAACCAUUAAAAGCACCGAAUGUCUCCAUCGCGUCUAAUUUAAGUAAGAAGAAGGACCAUGUUAGAGACAAUUCUAGAGAGAAAGAAAACAGAUCCAAGAGGAUGAAAAAGGAUGACUCUUCGUGUGCAAAGAGGGAUGAAUCCAUGCAAGACCAAGUAAAACGUAGUCGAAGUCCAAGACACAUCUCCAGAAAAGAUGCCAAUGAUAUAAGCAAUUUAAAAUUAUCAAAAAAUGAUAGACCAUUCCAUGUUACAAAAGUUAAUGACGUUUUGUCGGUAAAAUCAAAAGAUAAAAAUUUCGUAUCGUCUAUUGUUAAAAAAGAUAAUGACAAAAGACAGAGGUCCUUUAAUGCACAGUCCGUAGAAUUAACAAAAGACAAUCUUCCAGAAUCUAAGAUUCGAAUAUCUAGCAAUGAAUCACCAGUUAUUCCACCUUGGAAGGCGUUAGAUAAAGUUACAUUGAGAGAUAAUGUGGGCGUUUUAUCUAGCACUGAAAAUAAAUCUAAAGACAUAAGUCACUAUUUUUUAAAGCAAAAGUCUGAAAUAGAAGACCUGAAACAUAAAUCUGAUUCAGAUAAUAGACUAUUGAAACAAGACAAAUUAAAUACUAUCUAUAAGGAGCAAACGAAAAGAAUGUCUGAUAAAAAUAAAAUGUUAACUAAUAAAGGCGAAGAUAAAUUACACAGCGUCAAUUCAGAGCAAUCAGAAGAUGUUGAAUUUAUGUCUGAAACAAACAGUUCCAGGAGUCGAAUAAGUGCAUAUCCUAUAAGUUCUACACAGUCAUCAAAAAGUAAAGAUAUUGAAGCCGUGGAAAGUAAACAGAACACUAAUUCUGCUAGAUCUACUAAAACUUCAGAGAAUUUUAAAUAUACAGAACAUUCCGCGACACAAUCUGCAAGCACAAGCGUUAAAAAAGACGAGGAAUCGUGUUCCCAAAGCAUUAUUACAACUAAAGAAACGACCACUAACGAUGAUUCAAAUGAUGUGGAUGACACUACACUGCCAGAGGCAUUGUUUGAUUCUAGAAGAAUUUCUCUUAGAGAUGGUUAUUCCCAACCAGAAUUUCAUAAUUUAAUGACGCCAGAAAAAAUGAAUCUUAUACUCAGAUCUAAACGAAGGAGAUAUUUGACGCAGAGCAGUGAUUCGGAAGUAGAUGCAAGAUGCCCAAAAUACAAGCCAGUAAUAAAAUCUGAGAAAAAACAAGACGAAGUACCAUUGCUACACCCAACAGCUUUACAUAUGCAGUUUCAGGCAGAACUACAUCUUUACGACUCUUACAAUGAGUCCCUCCGACAAGUAAUGGAUGUUGAAAAGUGUUUGUACAAUACUAAGUGUGAGAUGCAAGAACAAAAGAAUUCACAGAAAGCUGAUGAAAAAGAUGAAGAAAAAGUCGUACAAAUUGUAGAAGAUUGUGCAGCUGCAGUAAUUAAUAACGAUGCUGUUGAAAAAACAACGUGGAAUCCAGUUGAUUAUGUAAAAAAAGACAUCGUCGAAUCUCGAAAAUCAAGCGAUGAAACGCAUUUCAAUAGGGAGCAUUAUAUUCCAAAUCAAGGCAACGUUGAUGAAUCGGGUUAUGGAUUUAAUUAUGGAAAGUUUAAUAAAACAGUGGGGGUCAAAGUGGCGGAGGUACAAACGCAAACGGUGAACGAUAUAGCGACUCAAACGGAUAUAUCCGCGGACGAACGAAACGCGCAAAAUAGAUUGACAGAGAUCCGUGACAGAGAAAACGCGUACGAAUCAUUUUUGAAAGAAAACAAAGUUCCCCAACUAUCCUUAGAUUCGGCUGAACAAUUCGAAGAUUUGGAUCAAGUAGAACAGGUAUCAGUACCCAGCAGAAUAAGGACCUUGUCGGAGAUUAGUUUGCACGAAACUACUUCGUCUAUAAAAACGGAAACCGGAACUGAAAUUAGUAUCUCAACUCGAGGUGUAACGUGUUCGUUUAAUCAGUAUAUAGGUUCAGAGAUAGCACGACUCUUAAGAGACGAGAAUCAACGAAGCUAUCAAAUCGAAGAGUUAUUCAAAUUUCGUGAAAAAACGUUAAAUGACAAAACUAAGAAAUUGGUGCAAUUGGAAGUGCAAAAACGUGUAAUGAAAGGUACUGGACAAGACCAAGACGCCCGUUCCUUGAGAAAAAAACAAAGAGCUUUGCUUCUAAAACUACAACAAGAAAAAGAUGAAAUUCAAAGAUUAAAAUUAUUAUACGAAAUUACAAGCCAAGAACGAAAACGUAUGUUGCAAAAACAGAGGGACAUGUUCAAUUUGCAAAUGUCUUCAACAAAAAAUAUCUUAACGAAAUUAAAGAGGACAGCAGACAGUCAAUCACCGAGAAGAUUAUCAGGUCCUAUGAAGGGUUACGAUAUACGCAGUAAUAGCUCUAUGAGCUCCUUGAUCGAUUCAGAUAAAUCUCAGCAUGGUCAGAUGGACACACGCCUUCAUGCAUCUGAGAGCGACGCAUCUAAAUUUGAUUGGUUGAAAUCCAACGUAUUUAUAAAUUUAGGCGAAGAAAGCAAUACAUCCGCGGCAAAACCCGAUGACUUGGCUGAGAGUAAGGAGCAAGAAAAAAGUCCCAUACAGUUACAAAAGAAAAGCGAUCUAUCGAAAUACGAGUUGAGGUCUCGAAAAUACGAAGAAAAAAUGCCCAGAGCAGAUGUUUUGCUGCAGAAGCAAAAUCAGAGGUUGGACAUAGAGUCGAAAAUGAAGCAAGGCCAUCCUAUGAUGAUAAAUAUUCGGCUCUUGGAAAAUCAAGAUCAGAUCAGAUUAUCGCAGUCAUCAAGACCAGAAGUAGAUGCAUCAGUACCUGAAAACGUAAAAUCCGAAUCUGAUACGUUAGUAGAAGAGUUGUCUAAAAGAUCGUCGUUAGCGGAAGUAGUGUCUAAACAUUCAAAAUUAUCGCAAUUAACAGAGCCUUCCAUACAAACCAUGACAGUCGCAAAGGAGAAAGAAUUAACUUCUAAUGCUGUAACCACCAAUAGUGAAUCUAUAGAAGAAGAGAUAAACACAAUAGCCCAAGACACAGUUUCAAAAACGACGCAAUCACAAAUCUCCGAGAUACAAUCACAGACAAGUACGAGUAAGAACUCUAAGAAGAUUGACAAAUCUAUCAUGAGUGAUAGAGACAUAUCUAAAAAGUCGCAAUAUAAUACCGAGCUAAAAACAAGCUCCAAACGUAAAAAUUCUAAAUAUCAGAAAACGAAAUCAUCUUCCAGUAUAUCAACGGAAAAUGUAUUGGAGGAAUUUGUCAAGCAUCAUGAUAAAGGAACGAAAGUGAAAAAUGAAUUGCUUCAGUUAGUGAACAACAAAGAAAGUUCAAUUUUGGGUGAAUUGGAUGUUAAUGAAAGUCAAAUUUCGCUUCAGGCAUUCGUUAAGAAACAUUCGCAUUCGAAAGCUGUCAAGGAUAAAAGUUCGAAAUUAUCGAGUGAAGUAACAAACGAGAAUAAAGAAAACGGAUCCACUCAAACUUCGAACAAAAAACUUGAGAGUGAUGAUAGUCUUCCUAGAAUCGAGCGAGAUACUCAAAAUGCAUCAAUAUCUCAGAUUAAUACUUUUGCCGUUUCCCAUUAUAGUUCCGAAGAAAGUGAGAAAAAUCUCUCGAAAUCCAUAGUUGUUAGGUCGCAAGACAGAGAAUUUGAACGAAUUUUGAACGCACGCGAAACCGCACUUGCAUCACGUAAGAACUGCGUCAAGGAGUGGAUGGCGUGGCAUGCAAAAUUACGAGCAGAAGAGGACCGUGUUACUCGUAUGGAGCAAACAGCAUUUAAUCUCGUUGCAACAGCAUCUAAUUUGGGUCAGCAAGGAGGGGAGAGGAGACGUCUGUGCUCUUUCAUAGAUACCACCCUGUCGUCUGAUACGAGCGAUGUCGAAGGAAGGAUAGAAGUUCUUACUGAGAAAUUAGCGGAACGACGUCUCGAAAUGACGCGUCUAAAAAGAGAAGCAAAGAAGCAAGCGAAGAAACAGCUACGUGCUUUGGAAGCAAACCUGUUAAAUCAAAUCAAAAAAUAUGACACGACCAUCUAUGAGAUGCGCAAAAAGUUGGAAUCGAAGAAAGAUAUCAAAGAAACUGACAAGUUAGCUAUAGAGCCAAAGUCAUUAGCUGACUUUAAAGUACCUGAAAUACCGCUUAAGAGAAUACAGGACAUCUACAAAAGUAGUGAUUUAUUAAGAUCCAGAUCGGAAUCUGAUCUCCUAUUAACGAGAAAUCGGCAGGACUUAUCGAAAGUUGUAACGAUAACAUACGAUGAUGAGUGCGAAAGAGAUAGUUUUCAGAAACCUACAAAAUUUGCGGAUAUUAAGGGCGCAAACGCUUUAGAAUUAAAAGAUACUAUAGAUUCUCACGAUAGUGUUCAAACUAUUUUGGAUGAUUAUACGUCGACAGAAGUAUACGAAAAAAUUCAAACAGUACCUUCAGCGUCAUCGACUUCGAAUGAUGCACGUUCUGGAAAGUAUGCUCUUUCUAAAAGGCAAGUCGGAGAAUUCACUACUGUUGACAUGAAACAAACUAGUGUAUUGCACGAUGCAGAAGAUGUUGAAACGAAUGCCAGUACGGUGCAAACAAUGUCGGAUGCAAGAUUUGAAGAUCACAGUACUAUUAACACUGAAUCGGCAGACGAUAGAUUAAUUACUGAUAUCAAUCAAUCUCAACCAAAGACUUCCACAAUACCAUCCGACUUUCGAGAUUCUGAGAUUCCGGAAAUAACAAAUAUUGAAUAUUCUAAAUCUAUUCCAAACAUGUCCGAGCGUUCUACAGAAAAUGUUGCGCGUAUUACUGAUUCCAGUAUACUUACUUAUUCGAGAAAGUUAGAUUUUCUGCAGUUAAAUAAUAAAAAUUUAAGCGAAGAUAUAAGUUCUAUCGAAAAGGAUAUAAAGGCGCUUUCAGAAAUAAUGUCGCGCUUAAGUAACGAAUCGAAUGAGAAGUCUAAAACAAAUAACGACGAAAAGAAUACGUCGCAAGAUAUUUCAGAGAUAAUAUCUAAAUCAGUUUUUAGUGAAGUAAUUGAUAUUGAAAAUGAGGAACAGCAAGCAGUGUCACCUGAGCAGAAAAUCGAUACGGAAUCUCGUUCCAUAUCGAUAAAUAAUGAAAUAUCGGCAAUGAUCCCGGAAGAAACACCUACCAUCUCCAAUUCGCCUCAUGAAAUUGAUUACGAAGCCAAAAGCCGAGAGAUUAUGAAUGAAAUAGAGAAAUCUGUACUGUCACAACACAUUAAAAUUGCAAGUGACGACGAUUCAAUAUUAGAAGAAAGCAGAAACGAAGAAUUGCUAAAUGAUUUGGCAACCGAACUCGAUAUAAAAUCGAUUUCUGAAAUCCUUUCCAAAGUAUCAGAAAGUAGAAAAAGUCUUGACUUUGCGAAGAAAACAGCAACUCAAAUUAUCGAUGAUUCGAAGAAAAACAUAAAUGAACAAAGUGAGUUGAAUGAAGCAAUAAUUGAAAAAGGCUUUGUAAAAUCUCAAGCAGAAGAAAUACAUUCUCUGAAACUUUCUGAACAUUUUAACAUUGCAUCAGUGCAAUCUCCCAUCAUCGCUGGUCACCGUUCAAAGGAAAAUAUAUCGCAAGGUUCAUGGAGUGCGCCUAGUUUAAUUUCAAGUCAGAGCUCGCACGUUCUUACCAGUAAGGAUUUGAAAUCAUCAAAGAAUAUUUCGGAGGCAGACAUUAAAAUUGAUGUCGCGGAUGAUGUGAGGAUAUUAGAGAACGUUGAUGAAAAUAUUCAAACAGAAGUGCUCGACAGUAUCACAAAUUCAAUAGCACUUGCAUCUAACGUUGAUCAAAAUCGAUCGCGUACGGUCAGUGCGGAGAAUAUUUCUAAGGACAAAAACGACUGGACGACGUCCGAUUCGUUCGAAGUGCCGCAAGACAAUAUUAGCACUGGAGUACAUGAAGAAUUCGAGAAUUCAAAAUCAGGCUUGAACGAUACUUUGAAUAAUUUCUCGGAAAAGACUGUAUCACGUGUCGAUGAUAUAACAAAUCAAGAAGCAGAAAGCAUUUUAAUAAGCGACGUAUCAGGUUUUCUUCCAAAGGGGGAAUCUACAAAUGUCGCAGUACAGGACGUUACGUUUAACGACGCAUUAGCACAAUCUUAUGUUGGAAGAAGUAACGAUGAACUUGACGAUAUACUGGACAUAAUCGCUAGAGAAAACGAUAAAGAAAAAAGCAUUCCUAAAGACGAAGAGUUUGAUAAUGUAAUCUCUGAUUCCAUGGCUGAAUUAUUAGACAGAGUUAAGGAUAUAGUGGAAAAUGACAGGAAUGUGGAUAAUCGUUUUAAAGGAUUCUUAUAUGAUAUGGAUAUGAAUGUAGAUAAUCAAACUGAGGCAGUUUCAGAUAUUUCGUUGUUGAAUAAUAAAACGCAAAGAGAAACAAAUGUAGGAGAUGUAAGCGAAAGUAAUGUAAUCUUAGAGAAUAUCUGUAAAAAUAACAAAGUUAGUAAUCGUGAGGAAAUAAUAGAUAUUUCGUUACGGAAAACUGACGAGACUGAUGAUAAAUCUGCCGUAAAUGUAAACUUGUGUGUGGAAAUCGAUAACGAAGAAAGUCUACGCGAAGCGAUAUCAGAAGUACAAGAAAUUAUAAUCACGGAGUUGGAUUCAAGUAGCGCCGAGGAUAACGCAUUAUCUGAACUUGAAAUUGAUGCCAAAGUCGAAUUGGCAGAAGAAGAGGAAUCCAUCACGUGCGAGGACAAGAAUGAACGUGCUGUGGAAGAAAACAAAGACGUCCCUGUAGAGAUAAAAGAAUGUUUAGAAUCAAUCUCGGAACAAGAUAGCUCGGAUGGCGAGCAGCUGGACAAUUUAGUGGAAGUUGCUGUGAGUAGAUUGGAUGUUGUGGAAAAAACUGUUACAUCAUGUGAUUUUCCUAAGUCGGUAAUAGACGAUGCUGUGUCUACGACGCGGACUGGACAAACUAAAGAAGAGACUACGGAUGAUAUAGCCGAGAAGAAUAACGAGGCCGCGAUAUCAGACGCACCAGUAAUCGAAAGUAUCAACAAAACAUUCGACAUAUUGAAAGAUCCAGAAUACGAAGAUAUCUCCGAGGAGAGCCUCGAGGUGUCUGAAAUUCUAGACAAAGAUGACCUUUCAAAGGUAGGCAUCACAAGGAAAUCUGCUAAUUUGCCGGAGAGAUAUCAAACCAUCCAUAAAUCAGAGAACGUAUUGAGAAUACUAGACGAAAUCUCGCAGAAAUCAUCGUUCGAUUCUGUAAGCAAUUCGCAAAACAACGAGAAGAAUGCCCAGAGCGUACCAAGUGCCACGGAAGAGAUCAGCGAGGUCCUGGGCGCAGAGAUUUCUGCGAGGGAUGAUAGUUCAUUUCCCAAGAUGAAUAAAACAACGAGCAAGCUCGAAGAAGAAUCUUCCAAGGUGGACGCAACGAAGGGUCGAUUCUUGGAAAGAGCAAAAUUGCAGGACGGGCAAUCGGUAGAAGCUAGUGACCCGGACGGUUUAUCUGAGAAAAGAAAAAUGAUUCCUUUGAGAUUGGACGAAGACGACAAGUCUUCUCAGAUAAUAUAUGAGCUACGCGAGAGAGUCUCGCAACUCCAGGAACAGAAUGGCUCGUCCGAAUCCAGCGAAGCCGGCGAUACUCCAAGGGGAGUAUCCGAGAUCGAGAUGGACUCGCCGAGAGAUUUCAAUGACUCGCGGUUGGAUAUUGAUAUUCUGGAUGAUGAUCUACUGAGCGGCACUAAAGCGACGAACCAGAGCAUGGAUAUGGAGACUAAUUUCCAUUCUGCAUCCAUCGUUACCACGUCCGAAAAGGAUAUUGAAGCUAUGAUCUACGAAUUAAAAGCUUCAUUGGAACAACCUGGUCAGGAGCUCGCCGAACUGGAAGCUAAGCUCCUUCGAAUCGAACAAUUGCAGAUCGAGUUGGAGAUCAAGAAAUUGGAAGCGGAGGAAGUGUCUUAUUACGUUCGAGAGAUACCGAACAAGCCACCUCCUCCUUACACUCCACCUGGUCGGUUAUCGGCUUCGCUCGGUUCGCCUUCGCUAGUCACUGCCGUAAUCCCGUCAAACGUCGAGGAGCUAACAUCGUUCACUGAGAAAGCCACAGCUCUGAUAUAUAAUGCUAAAUUGGCCGGCGAAGAUAUCGCAAGUUUGGAAGCGCCUCCUGAGAUCUACGAGUUGACCGAAGAUAAGAGUGAGAAAAGGGAUAGACGGAUCUACAACACUUUCCUUUUCGAUCUUUGUAAAGAGACCAUUGUGGAAAUCUAUCGAGCGGAAUAUGAGAAGCCCGGCCCAAGUUGGACAAAGCCGAACGUGAAAACGAAGCCUACGAUGAAGAUCCCAAAGAACGUUGAGGAACUUAUCGAGUACGUUAACAAGGAAGUCGCCACACUGUUCGGUUUCAAGACAAAAUUGCAGCGGGAAAACAUGGUGAUGCGAUGGAGCAGGAAACGCAGAGACAGGGUCGACGAGUUGCUGGCGAGAGAGGCUCAGGCUGAGGAGGACGAAUGGACAAAGUUUCAUCACGACGAACUGGCGGUGAAGAACGGACUUACGGUAGCUAUACUGGAUACCCUCGUUAUGGAAACUGCAAACGUGAUGAAAAUAGCUUACGGUAAGAAGAGGAGAAUGAUGGUAUAGCGAUUGUUAACCUUUAUAACUAAAUAGAGGCACUAUCUUGCAAUUCAUUGUUAAUUAAAACGAACAAAAGUGAAAAAUAUCCUCUCAGUCAAUGUUUCCUCAGGACUGCGUUUCGGGUAUCACGUUAUUUGCACUUUUGUCCAUUAGUACCUUAAGUGUAACAUAGGCUGGUUCCUAUUUAUUUGUUAACUAUGCAAUUUGUUACUCUUCUUUCUUUUACAUUAAUUAAGCGGAUGCGUGUGAAUGUUCAAAUAUAAGUAGACAAAUCACAGUGAGGUGAAAUAUAUGAAUGACAGAAAGAAUGAAAGAGAGAGAGAGAGAGAGAGAGAGAGAGAGAGAGAGAGAGAGAGAGGGGGGAGGAGGAGAUAUGUAAUUAAUACUAGCCAUUCACAAUUUGAUAAUCAAAUACCCUAGGUCAGUUUUAAAAUUUAUUUCUUGUUAAUGACGAGUUUAACGAGUUUCUAGCAUUUAACAAUAAUUAUAUACAUAUGUACGGGCUAUCAUAGAAGAGACAUGUGGUACUAUACGUUUUUACGAAAAUGACAAAUAUUAAUCAUCGAAUAUUACAAAGCGUUUUGUUCAAUUUAACUUGCACAGAAUUAUUAGAUUAAUAGCAGAAAUAUGAUCUCUUGUUAUACAAGUUUUAUAUUUUGCUUCUUCUAU